GUGGAGGGGCGGGGCCCGUCGCUCCGGGUUUCCUCUCCGGCUCGGUCUAUUCCCCCCCGCCCCCCCUCAGUCCCCGCGGGUUCUUCGCUGCGAAGAAAAUGGCGGCGGCGCCGAGCGGAGACGAGGAGCGAUUGGAAGAAAAAUCUGAGGACCAGAAUCUGCAGGGCCUCAAGGACAAGUCCCCGAAGGCCAAAAAGAUGAAGAAGGAGAAGCAGAGGGAAGCUGAGCCGGCCGAGGCGGGCAAGGCAGAGACGUCCGAAGGAGCAGGGGCCACCCCGGCUGCCCCCGAGGCCUCAGCCUCUCCCAAGCAGCGGCGCUCCAUCAUCCGGGACCGCGGCCCCAUGUACGAUGACCCCACGCUGCCCGAGGGCUGGACGCGGAAGCUGAAGCAGAGGAAGUCGGGCCGCUCGGCGGGAAAGUACGACGUCUACCUGAUCAACCCCCAGGGCAAGGCCUUCCGCUCCAAGGUGGAGCUUAUCGCUUACUUCGAAAAGGUAGGGGACACCUCCCUGGACCCCAACGACUUCGACUUCACGGUGACGGGCCGUGGCAGCCCCUCACGGCGAGAGCAGAGGCCCCCCAAGAAGGCCAAAGCCCAGAAGGGCCCCGGGACGGGGCGUGGGCGGGGCAGGCCCAAGGGCAGUGGCUCGGCCCGGCCCAAGGCGGCCGCCUCGGAGGGCGUGCAGGUCAAGCGGGUGAUUGAGAAGAGCUCCGGCAAGCUGCUGGUCAAGAUGCCAUUCCAGCCGGGGCCGCCGGGGGGCACCGGAGGGGCGGGGGGGUCGGCCACCACCUCAGCGGCCCCGGGGGCGGGCGGGCGGCGGCCGGGGCGCAAGCGGAAGGCGGAGUUGGACCCGCAGACACUGCCCAAGAAGCGGGGACGCAAGCCGGGGGCGGCGGCGGGGCCUGUGGGGCCAGCGGUGGCCGAGGCCAAGAAGAAGGUGGUGAAAGAACCAUCCUUCCAGGCCGUGCAGGAGACGGUGCUACCCAUCAAGAAACGCAAGACCCGCGAGGCCGUGGCCCUGGAGGUGGCCCCUCCGCCCCCCGAGCGCAGCCCCAAGGGACCCCGUCCUGGGCGCCGGAGCAAGGAGAGCAGCCCCAAGGGGCGAGGGGGCAAUGCUGCCCCCGCUUCCCCCUCCCCUAGCCGCAAGGAGCCACAGCCGCCCCCCCCACCGCACCAGCCCCCCCCCGAGCCUCUGGCCCAGCCUCCUGCCAGCCCCAAGGACAGCGUGAGCCCCCCCGAGGCUCAGGACUUGAGCAGCAAGGGGCAGCCGGAGAGCGACGGCUGCCCCAAGGAGCCGCCUAAGACUCAGCCACCCGCUGUGCUCUACAAACACCGAGGGGAAGGGGAGCGCAAAGACGCUGUGUCCACCUCGUCGGCGCCCCGGCCCAGCAGCAGAGACGAGGCGGUGGAUACCAGGACGCCUGUCUCGGAGCGCGUCAGCUGACUUUGGGCGGCCCACGUCUAGCGGGAUGGAUGGACAGACAGACAGACACACACACACACCCCCAAGACGAGAGGCAGCUGCUCCCGGGUAGGGCUCUGGCAAAGCACCUCCCCAGCCCCACAGCGCCCCCUGGCUUCCACCCCUCCUCCACUUCUCCCCCCCCUCCCCGUUUUUAAUACCAAGAAGCACAGUGAGGGGUGUGGACCCCCCCUGGGUUGGAAGCCACUUUGCACUUUUUCUAUAAGAGAGGGGUGCCCUCCCCGAUGCUUUGCUGCAUAUACUACUGACCAGGCCAGCUGUUUGGUGGGGCUGCCCCCCCAGCUCCUGAACACCCCCCACCGGGCGGGAUGAGGAGGGGACCGUGUGUGUGGAUCCCCCUCUCCCUCUCCCUCUCCAGUGCCAUGUAACGUCGUCAUCUGUUCAGUAUCGAUCCGUGUUUGUUUUGGUAGGGCCCACGUAGGGGGACUCAGCCCCUCUCCCCCAGACUCCGAACAAAGUGGGGGCGCUCAGAGCCUGUUCUUCCCGCAGGGUGGGGGGCCGAGGAACGACAACGUUCUUCCACUUCUUUCUCAACGUUACUAGCUUAGGAAACCAUUUGCACUAACCAGCCUUUGGCAGGCUGGGGAUAGGGGGUCGGGUGUGAAACUACCUGUAACUCUUGGAUCGGUACCGAGGAGGGGGGAGGGCAAAGCCCUGAGCAUCAGUGGGUUUCUAACGGGGCUGCUUCGGGAGGGGGAAAUCCAGGGCUCUCCAUUAAUACCUGCGCUUCCCCCCAGCCCCAGCUGCCCCCACCCAGCCCCAGGGGCAUGGCUUGUACUGUCGGGCGGGGGGCAGAUGGGAAGGGAAAACCUAGCUGAAACCCCCCCAAGGAGGGCUGUGCCUUUUUUUUUUAAUGAUUGACACAAAGGGUUUAAAAUAAAUUCCUCCCCCCUCCCUAAGGUGAGUGAAAUGGGGAGGGGCCGAUCCCCUCUGCUCAGAGCCCUGCGGCCAAGAGAGAAAUACACCAGAGGCUGAGCUCUGUGCUGUGCAUAGCAGUGCGGUACAGCUCCACCGGCCCAGAACCCAGCCCUCCCCAUUGCAAACCGGAGUGACUCUGCAUUGACCGCAGGGGAGCUGAGAUCAGGACCCUGCUCUGGCCCCAUUGCAAACCGGAGUGACUCUGCAUUGACCGCAGGGGAGCUCAAAUCAGAACCCAGCUCUGGCCCCAUUGCAAACCGGAGUGACUGCAUUGACUGCAGGGGAGCUGAGAUCAGAACCCAGCUCUGGCCCCAUUGCAAACUGGAGUGACUCUGCAUUGACCGCAGGGGAGCUCAAAUCAGAACCUAGCCUUGACCCAUUGCAAACCGGAGUGACUCUGCAUUGACCGCAGGGGAGCUGAGAUCAGAACCCAGCUCUGGCCCCAUUGCAAACUGGAGUGACUCUGCAUUGACCGCAGGGGAGCUCAAAUCAGAACCUAGCCUUGACCCAUUGCAAACCGGAGUGACUGUGCAUUGACCGCAGGGGAGCUCAAAUCAGAACCCAGCUCUGGCCCAUUGCAAUCAAGAGUGACUCUGCAUUGACCGCAGGGAGCUAAGAUCAGAAUCUGGCCCUGCCCUCAUUGCAAUUGAGGUGAUUCCAGAUUAACCCCGAUGGAAGCUAAAAUAAGAAUUGAGCCCUGCCCCGUUGCAGUCAGGAGUAACUCUGGAUUGACCAUGGUGGGAACUAAGCUCAGAAUCCAUCCCUGCCCCGUUGCAAAUGGGGGUGAUUCCGGAUUCACCCUGGGGCAGCUGAUCUCAGAAUCCAUUCUAGAGAGUAACUGAGACUUCCUCCUGUUUCUCCCCUGCUGUCGCUGAGCUGGGUCCAGUUUCCCACCAAGGCUUUUCGGGGGGUGGCCAGAUCUGACCUGGGGGGGGGGGAGGUGCCUCUAGUUUUCAUUUAAAAAAAAAAAAUCUCCCCAAAGCCAGCAGAACAAGGCCUUAUUCCAUGGUGUCCCGUGCUGCCCCCCGAUCCUGGGGGGGGGGGUCCCAUGCUAGGGCCGGAUGGAGGCUUUGAUGUGCUUGGUGGGUGGAAAGGGGGUCCCAAGGGUGACCUCUCCCGGGGGAGGGAUCUAGCGACACUCACUGCCAGGGCUUGGCAACACUUUUCUCCUCAAAGUUGGGGGCACAGAGAGGGAAGCUUGGCCCUGGGGCGGGGGUUGGGGUGUGUUAAUCAGUCCUGCGCCCAAGGGACAAAUUGGGCAGCUUGACCCCCUGCCUGCUGCUCUCUUCAGCGGCCAGCCACCAAAAUUCUCGUUCAGUUCCCAAGCGUGCUGUGGGGGGCAGCCCGCUGCGCCCUGUUUGUAGCACUUUACCCUCCCCAGUGGCACUCACUCCCGGGGCUGCUCAGCUGCCUGGGCCAGGAGGCCUCCCCUCGGCACAGAGUGAUUUGGCUGGUGACAGGCAGCAUGGGGCAGAGCCUGAGGCUUCCCUGUGGCCUCUCCGGCUUCACCCGCCCCACACUAGGGCUGGGGACAGAAGGGAAGCCCCAAGGUACCUGAUCACUAAAGUGGGGUGCUUUUAUUGCAGGGCAUCCUAAGCCUGGCUGGGAACGGUGCCCCCAUCGUUCCACGCUGAGCAGCUGCCAGCAGAGCCCAGCACUCUGAGUUGCUCUGCACGGCUUGCCCAGGGCUGGUACGGACACCGGUGUCCCUCCACCACCACAUCCAGUGCAAGUGGGGCUGGAGUCGGCUGUCUAGACAUCUGGGGCCAAAUCUGGAGUCUGCCUCCUUGGAACCCUGGCUCCAAAUCCCCUUUCCUGACAGCUGGACUUGCAGCUUCAGGAGGAGAGCGGUACUUUUGCACUUUAAGGAGGGGAGCCUGGCUAGUCACUGAAUGUCUCUUUAUUUUUGCUUAGGUUUCCCUUCACCUAACAACAAGGGUCUAGUGAUUUAUCUGAGUGGCAUCGGCUGGGGGGGCAAGAGACCUUACACCCACCAUGACAAAACUUUACACCUGCCGCUUGGCAGCUGAGCCGCAGUAGGGCCAGAUCAGAAUGUUCCCUGCGGUAGAAACCCCACUCUCUGGCUGUAAAAUUCAGAGCAGCCGGUAGCCUGGAUUCCCCUGGACAUCCUCCUCUUUUCCUAGCCUGUCGUGCAAGAAAAAAAAAGGAUUGGUGGGUGAAGUGGGAUUUCAUGGGACCCCCCAAGAGCAGGAAGCCAAAGGGGGCAGUGCUAGGAUAUUUUCACCCCAUUCUUAUUCCUACAUGGCCAGCUCAGCUGUUAUAUCCCCAAACCGUCCCCAGUGAAGACUCAGAGUGAGCCGAACUGGUUAAAACAGGACCCCCCCCAUGAUAGAUUUGCAACUCACCUCACCCCCAUGUGAAAUUGGUCCCUGCCAUCAGCUGAUCCCAGCUAGAGUUUAACAGAAGGCCUGACGUUUGGGCUUGGUUUCUGUUUCCAAGGGUGGGGGGACAUGAUUUCCUUCUGUUUUCUGAUUUAUUUUUUAACGCACCCCCAUAACGCACCCUGAAGCAUCAGAGUUUUCUAUACCUACCUGUCUAGUGCGUUACAAAUCAGUGGGGAUUGACUUGCUUCCUUUCCUUUCCUUUUCAUUCCCUUCUUUCUGCUUGUGACUGACAACAGCGCCUGAGGGGGAUUUAAAAACUCACCCCAAAGCACCUGUCUGGUGGGGGGACGCAAUCUUCCUCUUGCUUCUUUACAGGAUCCCUGCGACUUACUAGCGUAGGAUAAGGGACAAUAAACAGAUCCUUCCAACCUGCUUGCCAGUAGCUUUCUCUGUGACCAGAGCUGUGAUCUUAGUGGUUCUGGUUCUCUCUCUAAAGGGACCCCCAGCCCAGCUCUGGUGUGGAGGAGCAAAAGGGGCAGCUCAUGCCCUAGGGGAGUGGGGUGGGGUGGGGUUUUGCACUCCUCUGCUUGUGUCUCAACUCCUGAAUAUGUCUGAUCCUGAAGGGGGUGCCCUUGGAAGCACCCGUAGCAAUGAGUAGACCACUCGGAUCCUGGCUGCUGUGGGCUGGGAAGUCCUGUAGUGGUGGAAUCAGGACCCCAGGGGAUACAGGAUCAGACCCUCCAUUCUCUCUCCAACCCUGUGUGCAUCUUGGGCGAGCCAGCCUGCUCUGCGUGCAACGCUGCUUCCUCCUUGGACACCCGGUCAGCCUUAGAACAGCAUGUCUCCAGCUGGCACCAAGUGGGCAUGACUCUGCCUGCUGGAGGCCUGGCCCUUCGCCAUCGCAAUGGAGCACUUUGAGCAGCCACGUGGCCAACUGGCAUAGACCGGACUGAUUGCUUAGGCAAUGCACACAUACCUGCUGGAUGACGUAACUGGCGCUAGGAAGACCUGGUCUUUGUGUUCCUCAAUGUUUCCCCCCUGAUGGGAGCAGUGCCCAUGAUGGCCCGCAGUCUGGGGCUGUGCUUAGAGACCAUUCUGGCUCCUGCCCUUUCGUUUAAGUUAGCAAUAGCCGCUCGGGAAGUAGCAGUUUUGAAUUGCUGUUCUUCCAAAAGACGAGUAGCCCGAGCGUUCAACUUCCAAGGGGAGGGGGUGGGAAGAUCCCGAAGAGUCCAGAUGCUUCCACCACGGUUGUCUUCCUGCCCUCUUCCGGAUCCAACCCCCCUCCCACCCCUCACUCACUUCCCGCUCCCCAACCCUUGGGCUGGGAUUUCACCCUGGAUGGGAUUAGAGGAGAUGCCGUGGGAUUCCUCCACCACCCACACGCAAUCUGUUGAGUGCAAAAAUUUAAAUCUAUUGGUAAGCUCGCCCUCCCUAGGGCCAGAGGCCACCUCCUUUUUCCUCCGCUUCCGUCAGACAACAUCUUUCCGCUUUCAAGACUCAAUAGAGAUUGUCAUAUGACCAAAUAUUACCAGGACUGUUAAUCAGUGUAUGCUGAGUGCUUGCCCUUUGUAUACAGCUGUAAACUCCCCCGUGUAUAUCCGACUCUUUCUAGCAAGAGGCUGUCUUGUUACCUUUUUUGCCUUUUUGGUUUUAAACAAGUUGUUCUUUUAUCUUGUUAAAAAUUCCAGAGAGAGAGAGAGAGACACACACACACACACACACACACACAGAAUUGGGAUUUUGGUUCAAUUUUAGUUUUCCCUGCCUCUGCUAGUCGUUUCUUGGGGGGAGAGGGGGGAACAAAAAACAUGGUGUUUUGAGAUUUUAUAUUUGUGUGUCAUUUCUUUUAGACUUGCCCAGUCGAGUUUUAAAAAAAAAAAAGAGACAGAGGAAUGUC